CGCGCACUCCUCUGCACACACGGGCACACGCGGUGCUUUAGGAUGCACUGGAAAUAAGCGCGCUGCUUCACCUGAGACUGUCGCGUGGACGCGGACACUCCGCGGGGAACAUGUGGAGAUACAGACAGCUGUUCGCCUUCCUGCUGCUUCUGUGCGAGGAGGCGUCUUCCCAGAGCAAGAUCUUUGGGGAGACUGAGCCAGUGCGGAUGACUUCGGAGGGCUCAGACUGCCGCUGCAAGUGCAUCAUGCGCCCUCUGAGCAAGGACGCCUGCCUGCGCCUGCGCAGCGGCAGCGUGCGGGUGGAGGAUUUCUACACAGUAGAGACAGUGAGCGCCGGGUCGGACUGUAAGUGCUCGUGCACGGCCCCGCCGUCCUCCCUCAACCCCUGUGAGAAUGAGUGGAAGAUGGAGAAGCUGAAGAAACAGGCCCCCGAGCUACUAAAGCUCCAAUCUAUGGUGGAUCUCUUGGAGGGAACACUUUACAGCAUGGAUCUAAUGAAGGUCCACUCGUACAUCAACAAGGUGGUGUCUCAAAUGAACAACCUGGAGGAGACAAUCAAGACAAACCUUACGCGAGACAACGACUUUGUUCGAGACAGCAUGAUGAGCCUCACCAACCAGUUUAAGAGAUAUGAGAACUACUCCAACGUUAUGAUGAGCAUCAAGAAGGAGAUCUCCAGCCUCAGCCUGCAGCUGCUACAGAAAGACGCCUCCGAGAGCAGAACACAGGACACCAAUGAUGAGAAAGCAAAAGAUACUUUAAAAGUACCCAACAAAAAGACCUCUGCAGCCAAACUUUUGCCCAAACCACCCAAAGAAAAGGUUGUAAAGCCCAAGAAGGAGGUCAUUAAACCUGGGAAGCCGGCCAAGCCUGACCCAACAGCCAAAGCCAAGGUGGCUGGCCACCAGCCCGGCGUGGUGAGGGGCAUCACCUACUACAAGGCUGCCAAGACCGACGAGGAUGAGCACAGAGAAGACCAUGUCAGAACGAAACCAGUCCAUCACAUCACUGACAACCAGUCAGAGGAUGGAGGAGCUGAAAUGGUCCUUGAAACCACGGAGGCCAACGCAGCAGAACCCACUGUGACCACUGCUGUCCCCAGCACUACUACUACCACCACCACAACUAGCACCACUACUACACCCACCACUACCACCAUACAAAAUACACCAGCAUCUGAUAGACCGGCCCCGACCAUUGUACUGGUGCUGGACAACUCCAACAACAAUAGUCGGCCAAUUCUCCACAGAGCAGGAAAUAUCCUGAACUGUGAAGGGACUCUAGCAUCCAUUGACCAGCCAGAGAAGCAGCACAGUUACGGGCGCAACGAGGGAGCCUGGAUGAAGGAUCCUCUGGCUAAAGACUCCAAAAUCUAUGUCACCAACUAUUACUAUGGCAACAACUUAGUGGAGUUCCGCAACCUGGACAACUUCAAGCAAGGCCGAUGGAGCAACCUCUUCAAACUGCCUUACAACUGGAUAGGCACAGGCCAUGUGGUUUAUAAUGGAGCUUUCUACUACAACAGAGCCUUCACCAAGAAUAUCAUCAAGUAUGAUCUGAGGAUGCGAUAUGUGGCAGCCUGGACACUGCUGCAUGACGUGGUAUACGAGGACACCACCCCCUGGAAAUGGAGGGGCCACUCGGACAUUGACUUUGCUGUUGACGAAAGCGGCCUGUGGGUGAUCUACCCUUCCAUGGACUACGACUACAACCAGCAGGAGAUGAUCGUCAUCAGUAAACUGGAUCCUGGAGACCUGUCGUUGAAAAAAGAGACAACCUGGAGGACCGGUCUCAAGCGGAACUCUUACGGAAACUGCUUCAUCAUCUGUGGUGUCUUGUAUGCCGUCAAUGUGUACAACCAAAAGGAAGGUGAGGUGAACUUUGCGUAUGACACCCACACCAACACUGACGCCAUCCCACGCCUGCCCUUCACCAAUGAGUACUCGUUCACCACCCAGAUUGACUACAACCCCAAGGAGAGGGUUUUGUAUGCCUGGGACAAUGGCCAUCAGCUAAUUUAUCGGGUAAACUUUCUCGACCAGUAAGCUCAGCUGUUGGCGUUCCAGUGUGGCUCCAAAAUAGAAAGAUGCAGCCAUAUUGGACUCAGGAGAUAAGAUGGACCCACACAAGCCUUCCAGCACCAAAGCUCGCCAUUCAAACACCUGACCUCACAGUGUACCAAACAUUCAUUAUGCCUUGAGAUGUGACUGUACUAUAUAUCAAUAGAAUGGGCAGCCAACAGUAAAAACAAUCUCACAGGUUGAGUUAAAGCUUAUCGAACAGGUUUUAAAGAGCAGAGAGACUUCUUUAUAUGUUCAUUCAGGACAUGUUAGCAGGCUGGCUUACUAGCAUAUACAUAGAUGUGUUUUUGUAUACAAUAACUCUUUAAUGUACAUAUGGGCACUUGAGUGAAAUAGCCAUCACCAUGUCAGAACUAACCUAACUCCUAAUAACUCACUACAAUAAUACAAGAUAUGACAUGUCACUUAUAUGUGUGAUUAGGCUUUAUUGGUAAAACACGUUGGUUUAUAAUGGCACAUCUAUAAUAAUCUGCAUGAAUGGGUUAAUGCAUGAAAGCACUGAAACCAUUGACGCUGAUGCGCUAAAGCAAGUGGGCCUUGUUCCCUCUCUUUUGGUAGCUUACUUCUACUAGCAUCUAGUUGGAGGAAGUGUAGAGUAAGAAAUGGGCAUUUACCUUCAGUAUUACCUUCAACCACGUUUACUGCCCUUUGGUUUGAAGUCUCGACUUUUAAGUGGGCUACAUACAUUACAGCUAGUGUUAUUUGGCUCCGCCCCCCAGCAUUUAACUCAACCAAUGAGAUUUGUUCUGCCUCCCGGUAGUUAUCCUCCUAUAAAACUGAACGGUCACCUGUUGUUACACAUGCCUAUCUACUCCAUCCUAACACUGAGCACUUCGUCAGGAAUCUGCUAGUUUUCCGGCCUCAUGGUACCUUCCGUCUCUUUAACAUGUUUUUUAAGGGAUGUAUUAAAUAUAGUCUGAACUCCAAAAACAAAACCAUAUACACAAAUGUCUGAAUAUUUAAUGUAUGUUUACAUGAAUUCGUUUGACAAUAUGAUACCACUUUUCUUUCUAAUUCUAAUGCAUCUUGUUUGUAUGUUGUAUUAAAAUAUGCAAUGUUCAUCCUUUUUAAUAUCAUCAUAGCAUAACCCCUACAUUUGUAACGCGAUCUUGAACCUUUGUUAACGCAGAAGGUGCACAGUGUCACUCUGAACUCGUCAUGUGUUGAUUUUCGCUGGUCAAAUGCAUACACUGCCUUGUAAAAAUAAAGACAGGAAACAACUUGGUUAGGUUAAGGCA